AUUAAUCGAGACCUCGUCGAAUAUGCAUGCGGGAGAAAGUGUCACUGUCAAUAAUUUUGCGGUGUAUAGAAUUCGUUCUUUACUCGUUUAUUCUCGUUAACAUUUGUAUUUCUGAUCGUAUAAUGUGAUAUAAGUGUGUUAUUGAAGAUAAAAGCUGAAGAAAAGCAAGUGCUGUACGAUUGUCAAAGUAACCUGUUAAAAAAAGAAUGGUAUUACGUUGCUAAAAAUUCACAAGUACAUACAGAAGUAACGUACAGAAAGAAACUCGUUGAGAAAAUGCUUUGCCGCGAUGGAACGCUCAGUCUAUUUUGUUUUAUCGUGGCCGGUUUGGUCUCGCUUCUUCCCGAGCUCUUAUUGAGACUAGAACUCGACAUCUAUGUUUCAUACUGUGCGAAUGUCUGGCUUCUACAUGCCAUACAAUACAUUGUUAUAAAUAUAUUCGCAUUUCUGGCAUUCCGUGAUUUUUCCUAUCAGGUUGCAGUCAGAGCAUUGUUCCUUGGAUAUGUCUUUGGAAUUGGUAUCUUGGUGUCACUUAUUGCCCCACCGUCAUGGCAGAUAUUUGGCAUUUAUAUGACAGUAUUAGCAACUUUUCAUUAUUCAGAAUUUUUGGCUAUAGCGUGGGCCAAUCCUGCUACUUUGUCAAUUGAUAGUUUUAUCCUCAAUCAUAGUAUAAUGUACGGUGUGGCAGCAUCUCUUAGUUGGUUAGAAUUCUUUGUAGAAAGAUACUAUUGCCACAACAUGAAGUUACUUUCAUUUGUGUCCUGUUUCGGCUUAAUGUUAUGUGUCUUUGGUGAAAUACUGAGAAAAUCAGCAAUGUGUACCGCAAAACACAAUUUUAAUCAUUAUGUGCAAAGUGAGAAAAGUGACAAUCAAGAACUUGUCACUCAUGGUGUAUAUAGUCUGUGUAGGCAUCCCAGUUAUGUAGGAUGGUUUUAUUGGUCAGUUGGAACACAGUUAAUACUUCAAAAUCCACUGUGUUUGAUCGCAUACGCAUGGAUGUCGUGGAACUUCUUCCAUGAUCGUGUUCUAAUGGAAGAAUUAACUUUACUUGAUUUCUUUGGCGAAGACUAUACUGAAUAUCAGAAAAGAGUAGGAACUGGACUUCCAUUUAUUUCUGGAUAUAAAGUUAAUUUAUAGUGACCAGCAUCAGUGUAAUUUUAUGUUGUCAAGUUCUUUCUAACGAAAGAAAAGGAAAUGGAGAGACAUGUGUUUAUAAUAAUAAAUUUAA